CGUCGCCACGGCCACAGGUCACGCCUCCUUCCCGCCUGCCUCGAGCUCUCUCCCCCUCUUCGCCGGUGUUGUGUCGGGUUGCCAGCUCUUCUCCUGAAAUGGCGUCAAGGGCGGCGCUCCUCCUCUGCGCUUCGGUGGUCCUCGCCGCGGCGGCCGCCGUCGAGGCCAGGGACUUCGUCGUCGGCGGCGCCGACGACGCCUGGAAGGCGCAGGCCCAGCCCGACGCGCUCACCAAGUGGGCCUCGAUCAACCGCUUCCAAGUCGGCGACAACCUCGUGUUCAAGCUGGGCGGCGCGGCGGAGGACUCGGUGCUGGAGGUGACCCGCGACGACUACAACAGCUGCAGCACGGCGGCCCCGCUCGCCACCCACAGGGCCACCGCCGGCGGCGGCGCCGCCACGGUGCCGCUCCCCCGCUCCGGCCCGUACUACUUCGUCGGCGGCGCCCCGGGCAGCUGCCAGAAGGGCGAGCGCCUCCUCCUCGUCGUCAUGUCCGAGAAGCACGGCCGCGGCCGUCUGCGUGGCCUCGCGCCGGUGCCCGCUCCGGCACCCGCGGCCGAGGCUGAGUCCCCGCUGGCCGCCAGCUUCAUCGGAGGCCCCGCCGCGGCGCCGGCGCCGGCGCCGGCCACCGGAGCUGCCAGGAGGACUGCGUCUGCCGGGACCAGCACUCUGCUCCUCGGCGCCGCCGCCAUCCUCGGGCCCCUGCUGGUUGGGUGGUAGUGGAAGUGAAAGCGUUUUGUGUGGGGUGUGGGGGAACAAGGAUAGUUGCUUGCUGUUAAGCUCUAUGGAACAAUGAAAUGAUCUGCUUCUUCUGUCUGUAGAAGAAGAGAGCCGAGAGGAGAGUUUUGUGUGGGAGACGAUCAAUCAUAAUGGAUAAAUUCAAUGAUUAUAUGACCUGGUUGCAUCAA